AUGGCAGAAUCAAAGUCUGAGAAAGGCAGUUUUGGAAGCGACCUGUGCACACUGCUGGAAUCUGGCAAAAGUGCAGAUGUGACUCUCGUGGUGGGCGACUCUCACUUGCCGGCCCACAGUGUCAUUCUGGCAGCGAGGAGUCCCGUCUUCGAUGCCAUGUUGCGGAACAACAUGCUAGAAGCUACUAGUCGCCUUAUCAAAAUCACUGACGUGCAGGAGGCUGUGUUGCAGCAGAUGCUAUUCUUCGUCUAUACAGACACAGUUCCGGAACUGGAAAGAUUUGCAGCGCAACUGUUGGCAGCCGGCGACAAGUACGACUUGCCCCUACUUAAACGACGGUGCGAGUCGCGAAUGGCGCUGGACUUGAGCGUAGAAAAUGCUGCAUCUACUGCGUUGGUGGCCACCCUGCACCACUGCCCAGAGUUGAGGAGCGCCGCUGUGGAGUUCAUAGCGCGACACCCCGAGGUGAUGGCCAGCAGCGACUGGGCGCAACUGCUGCGGCAGAAUGCAGAGGCUGCAGCAGACAUCUCCAGUCUGGUGGCGGCGGCAUUGCCACGGCCACCAUCCACAGAGACAUCGGGAUACAGCAAUAUGCCACACACGAUGAAGCAGCAGAUGGUGGCCAGACUUAUGGAGGCCGCUCGCAGUGGGAGGGCACGAGAAGCGUGGGCGCUGCUGCUCGCCGGAGUGCCAAAGGACGCCCGAGACGGCAGAGGAAACACGCCGCUGCACCUGGCAGCCGACGGAGGGCACGCCACCACUGUGAAGCACCUGCUCGAUGCGGGACUGGAUGCCAACAGUGUCAACUCGAAUAGGAGGACGCCCCUACACCUGGCAGCUCAGGCAGGGAACACGGAUGUAAUAUGGAUGCUGGUGAGAGCGUCAGCACGAGUAGACGCUCAGGAUGCCACGGGGCAGACUGCACUCCACGUGGCUGCGGGUGUGUACACUGGUGUAAAAGAUGAUAGAGUACAUGUAGUGAAUACACUGCUCCUGGCGGGUGCGACAAAAGAUAUAACUGACUUAAAGAACCGGAAACCUGAGCAAUUGGCAACCGUAUCAACAAAAACAGCUUUCAGCACUUCCAAUACUGUUUCCAGUCCUUACAUUGACUUGUAA